UGCUUCGAUGGUGCUCUCCUCUAAACGGCACACAGUGUGCGAAAUCGCUUCGAUCUCGCUGCUCGAUUGUUGAGUUGCACGGCGAUGCCAACAGUUGGUUGCCAGCGCUGCACUCGAAACGUAUUUUCCGCCCGACCACAAAGCUCCGGAAAAGCACAAACACAAAUCAAAGAAAAAGAAAGAGUCGCGAAGGGAAUCGGGAUAAAAAAAUCGGAAUAAAUCAAAAAGGAAACAUGGUGGUGGACAUUAAGAUGUGCCGUUUUGAUAAUGUGCCCUGGGGCUUUCGACUCGUGGGCGGGGCCGACUAUGACUAUCCGCUGACGGUGGUUAAGGUCACCGAAGGCAGCAUUGCUGACGAGGCUGGACUGCGGGUCGAGGACAUCAUUGUGCGCAUCAAUGACACGGCUGCCACGCCCCUUACCCACGAUGAGGCCCACCGCCUUAUUAUGAACAGCGGCAGCGUCUUCUAUUUCGGCGUCUACCGGGACAACGAGGAGGACGCUUACGAGGUCCUGAAGAAGUUUCCCACGAGCGAGGGUUCGUUGACCAUGUCACCAACGCAAUAUAUUUCUCCGUCACCGACUCCUCCAAUGCUGUCCCAGCUGACGGAAGCCACAAAUGCCCGAGCUCCGGAACCGGAGCCAUUCGUCCCGCCUGCCCGGGAAUUCGUUCCUAUUACGGUGCCCACUGUGGACGUGGACGUACUGGAGGAAUGUCGCCAAGCCGUGUCGGAAGUGCAUUCGGAAGACAAUCGCGGGGAUGUAUAUGCAGCAGGACCAGGACCAGGACCCGGACCAGCUGAGGCAGAAGAAGUCGUUCCCGUCGUCGACGGUCUGUACUUGCCCGAUUUGCCCGAUCGCCCGUGCUCGGCGCUGUCCGAAAGGCAGGAAAUUAAGCUGGUGGAGGAGGAAAUUGCAGCCGUGCUGUCUGGCGAGUCGGAGGUGCUCAAGGAGCACAAUGUCCUCGGCGUCAAUUUCUAUAGGAUCUUCCCCAAGCCGGGCGUCUGCAUGUCCAGCGAUGUCCUCCGCUCCCUCAACGAGGAGGUGACCAAGACGAAACUGGAGAAGGACAAGGAGAACCGUCAAUGGUCCACCUUCCUCCAACGUCCCAAUCGACCAGUUCCCAAGAGCAAGCAAUCGCUGGAGGCGGAACGGCAUGCGGCAAAUGCCUACAAGGUGACGAUAGUCAAGUCGGCGCCACGGGAAAAAUCACCCAUGCCGGAAGCUAAACCGGCGCCAAAGGAAACCACACCACCCAAAGAAGAGGUAAAGCAGGAGGAACCAGUGCCGGAGGAGCAGCAGCAGCAGCAGCCCGAACCAGAGCCCGAGAAGGAAGAUGAACCAUUGCCCACGGACAGCGAAGUGCCAAAUUUGGAGCAACUCCCUGAGAGCGAAGUGCCAGACGAACAGCCGGAGAAAUCCGAUGAGCCCAAGGAGGUGUGCGAUGCGGAAGUGGUCCCAUCAGAGACGGGCUCACCCGGCGGGCCCGAAGCCACCGAGGUUCCUGCAGCAAUAACUCCUCCAGCUGAGCCCGGUACUCCACCCAAAACCGACGAGGAAUUGGCCCUGGAACGCCAGUUGGCAGAUGUGCAAAGACAGCUGGCUGCCCUCUCGUCACUGCCCUCCACCAUACAGUCCACCCUGGAUGCGGUGACCAAGCAGCUGGCCGAAUUGCUGCCCACCUUUAAGCUGCAGCAGGAGAAGCAGUUGCUGCCACAAAUCGAUGAAAACCAUGGCAACGGGGAGGGCGAGGAAACCACUACCAACACCGCAGGCGAAACGGAGGAUGCAGGCAAGGACAUAUCCAUAUCUGGGACUGACAACCCACUGGGGCCAUGUGAGAAUAAUGAGGAUAGAUGCGAUGCCAAUGACCGGGAAGUGGCGGAAAUAUCGCGCUCCACUGACGACAAUCGCCUGGCCAAGGACAAGAAUAAGGACGUAGAGAAUGGGCAGGUACGGCAGGAGCAGGAGAAGGAGCAGGAGCCGUUGUCCGAGGAGCAAAGCUUCAAGAAGCAGAAGAGACACGAUGUCAUUGAGGAACUCGAGGAGCAUUUGGUGCGCAAAAACAAUCCCCGGCGGUCGAAGCGGGCCUUUGGGCCAUUGGUCCCAUCCUCGGAACGCCCGUUGGUCCUACCCGGCGGUCGGCGUUGGUACCGUCCCAAGGAUGCCUACAACGAUGAGUUCAUUGCCGAGACCCUGAGCGCCCAGGCGGAGCUCAUCACGGGCAGCACUCUCGGGGUCAACUUCAUGAAGUACCAGAAGCCGGAGCGCAAAAUCGAUCUGAAUCGCAGCGAGGUGUACAAGUAUCUCAAUCCGCAUCUGGACAGGGCGCCCGUGCGUGGCAUUGAGGUGCGUGCUCCUCUGGUGGCCGCCGAGUCCGACAUUCGCCAGUCAUUGCAAUCGUAGGAAUGAUGUACCACCCGGAAUGUUCAACAACAACGCCCCCAAUCUCAAGCCAAUCCCAUAAUUACACAGGGGGAAAAAACUAUAACAUUAAGAUAGUUGAUGGCAAAAGUUCUAAGAUUUGGCAGAGGAGUGUUUAACGUUUUGAUAAGUUUGUGCAACCUUACAAGAAGCAAAUCCUUAUUUUAAUCAAUGAGUUUUGGUUUCAUUACUUUAAGUGUAUUUUGUGGAAGCCAAUUUCUGUAUUAUUUGCUCAAAUCAAGAUUUUUUUGCCAUGAAUUAAUAGCCAAUCAAUCAUCACUUAAGAAGCGGCUAUAAAUAAUAAAUGAGAUAAGUGCAUGGCAGACGUAAACGGAGAACAAUAUUUGUGUGCCUUUAAUAUUAUCCCAGCUUAAUGUUGAGGCCAAAUUUAAAAACAUUUUAUCUUCAUUUAAAUAAACUUGAAAACGCUUCUCUGCUAAGUUUUAGUUUGCCAAAUAAACGACAUAGCCCAGAGUAGAGAAAUACAUUUCUGUUAAAAUAUAUAUAAAACCA